CGCAGGCGCUGGCUGGAGGGAACAUGGGCUGGUACCCGGGGUGGCGACGGCUGCGGCUCCCCGAGUUACCGGCCCGCAAGCUACAUACGGCCUCCGUGCCGGCCCCUGCGCCCUGGUUGGUAGAACGGCUCGGUCUCUUUGAGGAGCUAUGGGCUGCUCAGGUAAAGCGGUUAGCCAGCAAGGCACACAGGGAACCCCGGCCCAUCACAGUGACCCUUCCUGGAGGCCAGAAGGUGGAGGCAGUGGCGUGGAGCACGACCCCUUACCAGCUAGCCCGGCGGAUCAGUUUAACACUAGCAGAUACAGCAGUGGCUGCGCAAGUGAAUGGAGAACCUUAUGAUCUGGAGCGACCCUUGGAGACAGAUUCUGAUCUCAGAUUUCUGACAUUUGAUUCUCCAGAAGGGAAAGCGGUAUUCUGGCACUCUAGCACCCAUGUCCUGGGGGCAGCAGCUGAACAAUUUCUAGGUGCUAUUCUAUGCCGAGGUCCAAGUACACAAUGUGGCUUUUACCAUGAUUUCUUCCUGGGAAAAGAGCGGACAGUGCGGGGCACAGAUCUGCCUGUUUUGGAGAGGAUUUGCCAGGAGAUUACAGCUGCUGCACAACCCUUCCGGAGACUGGAGGCUUCCCAGGAUCAGCUUCGUCAGCUCUUCAAGGAUAACCCCUUUAAGCUUCAUCUGAUUGAGGAGAAAGUGACUGGCCCAACAGCAACAGUGUAUGGGUGUGGCAUGUUGGUUGAUCUUUGCCAGGGGCCCCACCUUCGGCACACUGGACAGAUUGGAAAACUGAAGCUGCUAACGAACUCAUCAUCCUUGUGGAGGACUUCAGGGGCUCCAGAAGCACUGCAGAGAGUAUCAGGGAUUUCCUUCCCUACAGCAGAGUUGCUGAGGGCCUGGGAAGCACAGAAGGAGGAAGCGGAGUUGCGGGACCACAGACGUGUUGGAAAGGAACAGGAGCUUUUCUUCUUCCAUGAACUGAGCCCUGGGAGCUGUUUCUUCCUGCCGCGAGGGACAAGGGUGUAUAAUGCGCUGGUGGCUUUUAUCAGAGCUGAGUACGCCCGCCGUGGUUUCUCAGAGGUGAAAACCCCCACAAUGUUUUCUACGAAACUCUGGGAACAGUCAGGGCACUGGGAGCAUUAUAGGGAAGACAUGUUUGCUCUGAAGCCCCCAGGCUCUGACAGGUCCACCAGCUCCCAGAGGGACGGCUCUGCCAAGCAUCCCACAAAUACAUUCGCCCUCAAGCCCAUGAACUGCCCUGCACACUGCUUGAUAUUCGCCCAUCGGCCCAGAUCCUGGCGAGAGCUGCCCAUGCGACUGGCUGACUUUGGAGCCCUGCACCGAGCCGAGGCCUCUGGCAGUCUGGGGGGACUGACCCGGCUAUGGCGCUUCCAACAGGAUGACGCUCACAUCUUCUGUGCACCAGAUCAGCUGGAAACAGAGAUCCGAAGCUGUCUUGAUUUCCUCCGCUCUGUCUAUGCUGUUCUUGGCUUCUCCUUCCGCCUGGCACUGUCCACCCGGCCAUCCGGCUUCCUUGGAGAACCUUGCCUUUGGGAUCAGGCUGAGCAGGUCCUUCAACAGGCCUUGGAGGAUUUUGGAGAACCCUGGGAUCUCAACCCUGGAGAUGGUGCCUUCUAUGGACCUAAGAUCGAUGUGCACCUCCAUGACGCCCUGGGUCGGCCCCAUCAGUGUGGAACAAUUCAGCUUGACUUCCAGCUGCCCCUGAGAUUCAACCUCCAGUACAAGGGGCAGGCGGGGGCCCUGGAGCGGCCAGUCCUCAUUCACAGAGCAGUGCUUGGUUCUGUGGAAAGGCUGUUGGGAGUGCUGGCAGAAAGCUGUGGGGGAAAAUGGCCACUGUGGCUGUCCCCAUUCCAGGUAGUGGUCAUCCCUGUGGGAACGGAGCAAGAGGAAUAUGCCAGAGAGAUUCAACAGAAUCUGCAGGCUGCAGGCCUUGUCAGCGACCUGGAUGCUGAUUCUGGAGUGACUCUCAGCCGGAGAGUGCGCCGGGCUCAGCUCGCCCACUACAAUUUCCAGUUUGUGGUUGGCCAGCAAGAGCAGAGUAAGAGAACAGUGAACAUACGGACUCGCAGUAAUCGCCGACUUGGGGAGUGGGACUUGACCAAGGCUGUGCAACGGCUGCUGGAGCUACAGGAUACCAGGGUCCCCAAUGCUGAGGAAAUCUUCUGAGCUUUGUUCAUACAUGAGACAGAGACCUGCAAGAGCCGUCAGCCUCCCUGAUAAACCCGAGCCCUACUAACAGCCUGGAAUUGCAUGUGUCUGCUCUCCUGAAAAGACUUGGGGGCUGGGGAGGCAGUUCAGUGGCAGAGCACUUGCCUAGCAAGCAUGAGGUCCUGGGUUCUAUUCCCAGCAAUGCAAAAAGAGACUUGGUUUGGGGACCCCACAGCGGGAGGGAAGAUAUGGUAUUUGGAUGUGAGGAGAAUGAAAUGGAAAAAAUAAACUUGAAGCUGCUA